CUUUAAAUUCUCCAAUGCGAUUGUUGUGGCAAAUGACGUAAGCGAUUGUGCAGCCAUGGGUCCUGGGAAAAGGGAUCUGAAAGACUGAUCAUUAAGCAAGAGCAGAAUUUAAUAACACAGCUGGCAAAAGCCUGGAAAGUAUGUGUGACGAACUUCCUUCCAGUAAUUAGCAUUUUAUAGAGCGAGAAGCACGAAAAAAAAAAAAAAAAAAAAAAAAAAGACACAGCGCUUGUCAACAUGUUGAAAACUAGCGGUCUUCUUGUUUGAAUUUGAUCUAAACGUUUUAGCAACACUCUUCCAGGAAGAGAGCUGCUAAUGCUUUUUUUUUUAAAGGCAGCCCAUGCAUUAAAUUUCAAAACUCUUCGAUUAUAAUUAAGUUUUCUUAAAUGAUUGAAAUGCUGAUAUUGGAGCAAGGAGCGUGGUCGACGUUCUAAGUUUAUUUUAGAAGCUCACUUCUCUUCCGGUACAGUUGAAAAAGCUUAUACACCGCCGCAAGGCCAGGAUCAUAUGGGAUCGCAAGUAUCUUCAGCCACGAUGAGUGCGCGAGCGGGGAGGAACAGCGACGAGGUGGUCCUUUCUCAGCCCCUCUGGGACUAUUUAACCGCGGGCCAGCAGCACGUGGCGGAAUUCCAGGCGAAGCACGGUCUGUGUGUGGUGAGGCAGAGCGAGAGCCCGGGCUGCUGUACAGUCAGGCUGCGGCCCAGCGAGGGCGAGGGCCCCGUCUCCACGGCGACCCGCAAGGCCUUUAUUUCCCUGUGCAGGGCCGUCCACAAGGAAAUGACCAAACAAGUGACGCCCAAGAGAAAGCGUUCUCUCCGGGAGGCCCUGAGGCGCGUGAGCGGGAGGGACGAGGACGGCCCACGCAGGUCCCAGAGGCAGAAGCUGAGGAAGGAGCAAGCCACAGAGUUUGAGGAGCAGCCGCCGAGCCAGGAGAGCCCCAGCGUGAAAAUCGAAGGGGAGGAGGAGCCCAGCUGCUCCAUUUGCAUGGGCGAGAUGGUGGAGAAAAAGACUCUGGACAAGUGCGGCCAUUCCUUCUGCAAGAGCUGCCUGGAGCGGGCUUUCCAGGUGAAGAGGGCCUGCCCGGUGUGUCGGCUGGUCUACGGGCAGCUCGUCGGGAACCAGCCUCAUAACGGCAGGAUGAUUGUGGAGAGGGAGCCCGACUUGGAGCUGCCGGGACACGAGGGCUACGGCUGCAUCUGCAUCAUUUACAGCUUCCUGCCCGGGAUUCAAGGGGAAGAGCACCCCAAUCCGGGGGUGUGUUACCCGGGCACAGACAGAGUGGCGUACCUGCCGGACAGCCCCGAGGGGAACCGCGCCCUGGCCAUGCUGAGGAAGGCCUUCGAUCAGAGGCUUAUCUUCACCAUCGGCACCUCCAUGACCACGGGCAUGAACAACGUCAUCACCUGGAAUGACAUCCACCACAAGACAUGCAUCUGGGGCGGCCCGCGCUGCUUCGGUUAUCCGGACCCUACCUAUCUCGUGAGAGUGAUGGAGGAGCUUCGAGAGAAGGGAGUCACUGCCGAUUGAGGGCAGGGGAUGCUGCCCCUCCUAACCUGUCCCUCCUAGCCUGCCCCUUCCACUUCCUGAUGCUUCUGUGACCAGCACGGGACUCCCGACAGUCCCCAGCCUCUCUUGAGGCCCUGGUCCGGACCCUCGGUCCGUGUGACCCAUUCCUGUGGAGCCGGGGUCCAGUCUUGCAGAUGUACCUGUUUUGUUUCGGCGCACACUAGCUCCAACCCAUUGCACUUGUGAGUGUGCACAUUUGUUGAAAUUGUAAUCUCUUUUUUUUUUUUUGUUAGAUAGGGGGUGAGUAUUUUAUUUGUGCAGGAAAAUAUCUUUGUAAAACCUGUACGAGUGGGGAUGUUCACUUGCCCUGCACCCCAAUCCUGUUUUGUGUUUUUAUGUGUGUGUGUUUUUAUAUGUAUGUUGUAUUGUUCUUAAAAUGCACUCUUCUAAAUCUGACUGCAGUUAUUGCAGGAAUUAUCCCAGCAGUAAACAUUCUGCCCUGUUUGUAGGAGGUUUAUUGAUUAACUGUUGGACCUUAAAGGGAUCAUCAGUGUUUUCUUAAUAUUUAAUUUCUUACUUUAAUAUUUUCUAUUGUGUGUGUUCCGUAUAACUCUCUUAGAUCAUUGUCAAAAAUGCUUCUAAAAAGACUGCUCUAUUCAGGUGGGUCAGUGCACUGUAGCCCACAAGUGAAUCCUUGUGCACUGAAGCCUGUUUGACACUCGAAGUGUGAAUUAUUCAGAGCAGACUAACAGGUAAGAAAUUCAAUAUUAGGACAUUUUAAAGGAUAUUGCAUGUCACAAGUUCAGAUUUAGCAUGGAUCCGAUUGCGGGGCAAGUGAAUCAGCCCCCCCCCCCCCACACACACACACGACGGUACUGUAUGUUUGCAAACGGGUCAUUUUAGCAGCAAAGCAGAGACGUUCUUCUUCUGCUCAGAACUGCCUACCUGUGUUUUUUCUCUGAGAGGGAGAUUAAGGAGACGAGGGCACAGAAAAAAAAUAACCAGGCUGAGUAUACUUCAAACAAUCGCAACGGGACUGACAGCAUGCAAUCCCAGAGCUCGGAUCUAAACCACUGUUCAAGAGCGGAUUGAAGCUCAGCAGAGCCCCUAACGCUGGACAUUAUAAGAGACAGGGUCAGCUUUCAGAAACUCCAUUCUGAUCCGAAGCGUGCAUCACUUCCAAUUCCUAUCUACAGUUGUACAGAAUCUAGGUGGGGGUUUUGAACUCCCAUUUUCAUUCUUAAAGAUUAGGUAACUUCAUAUUUCAAUCUCUUUGUGUAAUUCCUGCUUUACCUGUUGACCUGUGUGGUUAUUGUGAGUGUUUCUAAUUGCAAUGCAUGCUUAUUUUUUGUCUGUUAGGAUUAGUUUAAGAGCUGCUCUACUCUUCUGGCGUCUUAAAUAUAUUUAAUCCAGGCUAGUGUCUUUAUAGAAGUAUAAGUCAGUGCCAUCUAGGGAUCUGACACUUUCAAAACGUGAUUUGCAGGCAGUCCACCACUAAUAUAAAGACACUCUGGCUAGCCUAAAUUAAAUAUGUCCAUGGCAGACUAGAAGUACAGAACAGCUCUUGAAUGUCAAAGCACCUUAACAAUGAAAAAUCCGACACACUUUACUGGAGUCAGAACCCCUCGGAGGGGCUGCAAACCUCAUACAAAGGUAAAGAGUCGAUUUUCUAAAAAUCCCCAAAUCUGCUUUUCAGUAGAUCGCUCUCCUUCACGUCCGUGAAUCAUUUCUUCAUCGUUUUGCUUGUUUGAGCUACUCGGUCUGGUUACGUUUCACAGCCCUCUCCGGAUUAAAAGAUGCUGUCUUUAAAAAUAAUAAUACUGAGACAAACUGUGCUGUGUAAAUAGGUCAUAAAAAAAGGGAACGUACUUACCAGUUUCUAUGUGUUAUAUUUUGUCCUAGCCUUCAUGGCUGGCUUUGUAGGACCAUCAAAAGCAGCAAUCAUGGGCUGCUACCUACAGCUAUGGCUACAGGUUUUGUAUCACCCUAUAGAAUUAACUAAUUUUGUUUCACACAGUCGAGUGAAACCUGAUGAAUAAUGUUUAUGUAACAUAUUGAAUUACAUGCCACUUUGUAGUUCUCCAUAUACUUAAAGAUAAAAUACUGUACUACUAUUAUGGCUUCCGGUAGACAUUUGCGAUAUCAACAUGAUGUUAAAUAAAAUAUCUAAAUAAUGUUCAUAUAGUUUUUUAUUGUCUCAAUCAUAAAAUUGUAGGUGAUGCAAAACUUGUGGCUAUAUAUGAAAGGUUGAAAUAAAUCUACCAGGAAGUAUAAUCUUUUUUUUUUUUUUUGUAUGGUUCUUGAUUUAGAAUGUAAGCCCUCCCAAUAUAUUCUCUUUUAGCUUAUAAAUAACCACUAUAUCUGUUGCAAUUCUAGCACAAACGGGCACUUUUCAUUUGCUGGAAGGCCUGGGUUGCAUGGUAACGGAGACUGCUACCCUCUCGCCUUUUAAAGAAGGGUUGUGAAACGAAGACUCCCUUUGCAGAGCACUUCGGCACAUCCCUGGUUUUACUGUGAGAUUAAACUGCUGUGAGUUUCUUACCUCUUACUAGAACUAGCUAGACUAUCACUGGCCCCCCAUUCUCUUUUGUUAGGAGAUCUUUUGGUUCAUGGAUUUUGUGCUUGAUUUCGGAAUAUGAUUUCAAAGACAACGCUCUAGAUUCCUUCAAAGGAAUUGAUGUUUUUAGAGACAUCAUAAUUGUUCAACUGAAUUUGAAGCCAAUUUAAAUGACUAACAGACAGUGACGUCAAUUGAAGUAAUUUGUUGCCACUGUGAGAAGCUCGUUUUAACAGAAUGCUGCCAGUUGCAAUUUUGCAAUUGAUUAUGGAACUGAUUAAAAGGGAAUGGGAAUUAGGAACUGAAUUUACAAAGGAGUAACUAAAGAACAGGAAUUGACCCCUUGGCUUCACUUCACAUGUUAGUCGUAAUCGAUGUGACCUACAGCACAGGUACCAGGAUGCAGCAGUUUAUCUACAUAUAAAAGCAAGCACAGAGCCAACUCAUUCCCAGAGCAGUAAGGGGACAGUAAUAACACUAAUAAAGCUAGUAAGAGGAAAUAAAACCGGUGACCUUUUAAUUUAAUCUUGAAAUCCAAAAAGGCUUCAGUCUCCAUCGUUAAUCCAGCACCUUCCAGCAGCACUUCAUCUUAAUUUAUUGUUAAAAUUAUUAUUAUGGAUACAGCUGAAAUCGUCCUUUCUUUCAGUGAUGUUGCACUAUGCCACUGAACUCAUGAAACAAUGUGGAGUAAUAAGUUUUGCAGGCAUAUUUGUUUUAGUAAAACAUAAUAAUAAUUGAGAUGCAGUACGUAUGCAUUCGAAUAAGAUUGUAAUCUUUAUUUCUGUACUUGUUGCUGUCAGUUCGUGUGCACACUAGAGUUGUUUUCUGUCGUGUUUGUGGGUCCCCACACACGGGUUUAUAUAGUUCAGUGCCUUACUUGCUCUGUGCAGUUUGAAAGAUGAAGUAUCGCUUUUGCCUUGCAAAUUGGAAAACAAAAAAAACCUACCUAUCAGAAUUCAAUCCUGAACAGUGGCGGCUGGAGUUUUAACAUCGAGACUGCUCUGAAAGGUUUGAAUCAGGCUUGCAAACCAAAUGGCACCGUGGUCAAUUUCACAAACCCUCCAUGCAGUUUGCACAGUAUGGGUAUACAGGAGAUGUUUCUAAUGGAGCUAAAUAUAUCCGGUUAGCUUUAUAGCCCACCCCCCAAUUAAAACCACUUUUUUUACAGUCAAGAUUUACUCCUAGAUAGCUAUCAUGCAUUCAACAGUGGAUAACCAUGUGAUGGUUGUCUAGCAUUGUCAUUGAAACCAGACUAUGCAAUGACAGUCAUAAAACAUUAAGGUCCAGGGACCAGCUUCACUAUAGAGAUUAUAGUGCGUUGAAUGGCUGUGUUUAAAAAAAGAAAAAGCAAAUGCUACACCUUCAGCUCUCUACUUUCUAUGCACUAGCAAACAAAUUGCACAUUGUUGUCUCUUAAAUUGGGUGCAAUCCUGCUUUUUUUAAAUAGUUUUGUUAAUUUCUAUUUUCAAACUUCUUUAUACAAAAAAAUAAAUGAAAAUACUACUUUGCUUUGUUGUACUCGCCGUCGAUACUGACAAUAAAGUAUUUCUGUUUUGAAA